UUUAAACCAGUGGCAACCUUGAUAAAACAAAUUAGACGCUGGGAACUAUAAAAAAUAAUUUUCAAUAUUGCCAGUUUUUUAUUAGUUAAAUUAAAGCACAAUUGAUUUAAAUGUAUUUGCGAGAUUCAGUAUAUCACGGGUAAUCAGUUUUGUUCGGAACAGAAAAGAAUAGUGAGUAACAGUAAUUAAGCUUCAAGCACGCUGUAAAAAUCAAGUCCUCAUUCAAAACUACACACAAUAAGAUCAGCCAGAAGCGGCGGGUAAAUAUAGCGUGAGCGAGAUAGCGACAACGACGUAGACGACAUGGCCGAUGCUGCGAUCGAAAAUGAGCCAGACGCCGGGGAGUUCUCCGUGGAGCGCAUUGAGGACAAGCGUGUUAUUAAUGGCAAGACUGAGUACUAUCUUAAGUGGAAAGGUUAUCCGCGUAGUGAAAACACAUGGGAGCCAGAAGAGAAUCUCGACUGUCCUGACUUGAUUGCUGCUUACGAAGAAUCGAUCAAACCGAAAAAACCCGAGGCAAAGAAACGCACAUCAAGUGCAACGGGCAGCGAGACCAAGACUAAGCGAAAAAUCGCUGAAGAGGACAAGGACAACAGAAAGACGGUUGGAUUUGACCGUGGUCUUGAACCCUCCAAAAUACUGGGCGCCACCGAUUCUUCGGGUGAACUUAUGUUCCUUAUGAAAUGGAAGGGCAGCGACGAGGCCGAUUUGGUGCCAGCCAAACAGGCCAAUGUUCGCUGUCCACAGGUUGUUAUACAAUUCUACGAGGAGCGACUAACCUGGCAUACUCCCAGUGCCGAUGAGGACAAAAGUUCUGCCAGCAAGGAAAAUGCAGCUGCAGAUUAGAAUAAGCGAAGCAAAACAGGAGGCCACCACCAUCCACACAUAUAUUAGUUUUUAAGCAUCGUAUUAAGUGCAUAAAUAUUUGCAAUACCAACAAACGACAACAAGCCAACCAACCACACAUGAAGUUCUCUUGGAAAAUCCAAAUUCAAAACGGCACCUAACCCAAAAGGAAAACUUGAAAACUUGGUUUAAUUGCCUUCAUUUUCCCCACGUUCAAUAGAUAUCAAUGAAUUUUUUUUUUUAUUUUAUUCUAAUGACAAAAGAAGUUACGCUUUAAAGCCAUUCUUAUUUUCUACUUAAAAACAAACAAACGCAAACAAACAGAUAUGUAUAUGGUAAAUAAGCAUUCGUCUCCUAUCGAAGACGUAAAUUUCUAGUGUCCACUAAUGGACUGAUUUAGUUUGUAAUAUUUUGCGCGAAGCAAUGUACAUUUUGUCAACUUUUUUUUUCUUCAUUCGUUUAAAAACAAGGAAACUGACAUGAGCUGUAAACACUUAAUUACGCAGAGAACAUGUCACUCAAUUUGAAUCACACUCAAAAGGAACUCUAAUUGAUAGACGAUUUCAAUAAGAUUGUUCUUAGCAAUUCAUAAUUAUAAAUAAAACAAAAACAAAAAAAACGGAA